AUGUUCUCAAAAUCAGACGAGCCGAAGGGGCCCAAGGACAAACUGACCCCCAGGUCCAGCGGCGAUGAGAAGAACCCGGGCGGGCUCAUGUCCGGCAUGGACAUCGAGGCCGCAAAAAGCAAACAGGGCGACCUCGAGCGCGCCAUGAGCAGUCGCCACCUCCAGUUCAUCGCCAUCGGUGGCACCUUCGGCACCGGCCUGUUCAUCGGCACCGGCGCUGCUCUGGCCAAGUCCGGCCCCGUCUCCCUGCUGCUCGCCUACAUCUUCAUCGCCACCGUCGUCUACUCCGUCAUGGUUUCCCUCGGCGAGAUGGCCGCCUACAUGCCCGUGGCGGGCUCCUUUGCCGUCUACGCCACCCGCUUCUACGACAGCUCGCUGGGUUUCGCUCUGGGGUGGCUGUACUGGGCCAACUGGGCCAUCACCUACGCCCUCGAGCUGACCGCGGCCGGCCUGAUCAUCCAGUACUGGGACUCGUCCCUCAGCAUCGCCAUCUGGAUCGCCGUCUUCUGGACCAUCUUCACCCUCGUCAACUUCCUGCCCAUCCGCUGGUACGGCGAGAUCGAGAUGUGGUUCUCCACCCUCAAGGUCGUCACCGUCGCCGGCUUCAUCAUCUACGCCAUCUGCGUCAACGCCGGCGUCGGCGACCAGGGCUACAUCGGCUUCAAGUACUACAACUCCCCGGGCGCUUUCAACGAGUACAUGGUUACGGGCCCCGUCGGCAAGUUCGUCGGCUUCUGGGCCGUCCUCAUCGGCGCCGGCUUCAGCUUCCAGGGCGCCGAGCUCGUCGGCGUCGGCGCCGGCGAGACCGCCAACCCGGAAAAGGCCAUCCCCUCGGCCAUCCGCUGGACCUACUGGGGCAUCAGCGUGCUCUUCGUCGCCCUCGUCUUCUUCAUCGGCAUCAACAUCCCCUUCGACAACGAGGACCUGCAGCUCGGCACCACCAACGCCUCGGCCUCGCCCCUCGUCAUCGUCGCCAAGCUCGCCGGCGUCCCCGCCCUGGCCCACAUCAUCAACGCCGUCCUGCUCACCGCCGUGCUCUCGGCCGCCAACUCCAACGUCUACUGCGCCAGCCGCAUCCUGCUCGCCAUGGCGCGCGAGGGCCAGGCCCCGAAGCUCUUCGCCCGCACCAACCGCCACGGCGUGCCCUGGGCCGCCGUCGGCGUCACCUCGCUGUGGGGGCUCGUCGGCUUCCUCAACCUGUCGGCCAGCGGCACCGUCGUCUUCAACUGGCUGCUCAACCUCAUCGCCGUCGCCGGCUUCAUCACCUGGGCCCUCAUCAGCGCCUGCCACAUCCGCUUCCUGCGCGCCCUCGCCGCCCAGCACAUCUCGCGCGACAUCCUGCCCUACAAGUCGCCCCUGCAGCCCUGGCUGUCGUGGUACGGCCUCGUCUUCAACGUCCUCAUCCUCAUGACCAGCGGCUUCACCGUCUUCAUCGACUGGAAGACGGCCGACUUCUUCGCCUGCUACAUCAGCGUCAUCGUCUUCGUCGCCCUCUGGGCCGGCCACAAGCUGUGGUCCCGGAGCACCCUGGUGCCCCUCAAGUCCAUCAACCUCACGUCGGACCGCAUGUAA